AUGCACCGCAGCAGCAUCGCCUCCUCAGUUGAGAGGGCUCGCUCGGUUUCUCCUCUGCCGUCAGUCGGGAGCCGCGUCACCUCAUCUCCAGCAGCCCCCACCAGCAGCAGCAGCAGCGCCUGCAGCCACAUUUGCAGAAGCAUAGAUUGGCUGGUGACGGAAUGUCUUUGCCCUCCCUUUGAUUUGUCCUUUAAGCAGCGGCUGCGGCAGCAGCAGCGCUUCUUGCUGCUAUUCUUCGUCCUCAGCGCCGUGGCCGGUGCCUACCCUUUCUUUUUCCUUUCAUAUGUGGAGGCCCAGUACCCGCACAUCAGGCCUGUCCAUCCCCCAGACACAGCAGCACCAGCAGCACCAGCAAAAGAGGCUGCAGCUGCAGCGACUACCGCAGCACCAUCUACAUGGAGCAGUGGCCAGUUCCUCGACAAUCACAAGGAGAAAAGCUCUGCGCCGGAUCCAGCUCCAACAGACGCUGCAAAAGCGGCCGGAGGUGCUGCAGCGGCAAGCCGAAGACUUCAAUCCUCAGAAGGUCCAGCUACCUCAGAGGAUAGAGUUGCAGAAAAGCGUCCACAAUCGCCAAAAGUGCCCUCAGCAGCAGCAGAAGAUGCAAAAGAACCAGCCGCAGAAGAAGCCACAGCAGUAAACGCCUCCUCUAUGUCUCUUAUUAGUUUUGUUGCUUCCAAGACCGAGCAUCUGUAUAGCCUGGAUCGAGGGCUGCUCUACUGCCUGCUGUUCUGGGGUUUGCUGCUGCUGCUGCCGUUUCAGGCGCUGCUGCUGCUGGUGGCGGUGGCUGUCUCAGCCCCGCCCACGGCGGACCCGUCAAGUGCGCCGGGCGGACCCAGCUUCUCCAGGCACAGCACGGGACCGGAUUGCGUCAGUCGUAUAGUUGCAGCGAAUUCACGGUGGCUCUCUUGGAACUGCUGCUGCUGCUCGCCUGUGUUUGGGACCCUUGCAGCUUUAAAUGUCAUGUCGUUUUUUGAAGCCGGGCCGCAGCAGAAGCCGCAGCUGGCCAUUCUCGCUUGGUCGCAGCUAGUUAUCAGUUUGCUGGUCCAUCUGCCCGUCGGGGUGCAUGCAAGCAACAUGCUGCGCCUCUAUGAAAGUGCCGUGUCGCUGCAGCUGCUGCAGCACGCUCUAGAGACAGACCGGCAUGCAGCAGCGCCCGCGCUCCAGUCUAAGCUCCCUUCGCAGCGGCAGAUAGAGCAGCAGCAGAAGCAGCAGCGGGAGGUGCAGGCGGACGAGAUUUCUGCAGGCGGGUCCACAGAAAAGCUAUACUAUAGCAGCAACAGCAGCCGCUUGUUGCGGUCAUUCGUGGAAAGAGGCCUCAAGGCCACUGCCGAAGAAACAGAGACAGAGGCAGAAGCAGAGCCGCUGCUUUCUAAGUCCCCUCCUCUUGAAGAAAGAGGCUCCAGUGCCGUCUGA